CGCGCCAACACAAAAUCAACACUCAACAAGAGCCGCGCGUGUGAAACAAGAAGUACAUUCUCGGGCACAGAAAUGGCGCCCAAGAAUGCCCCUCCAGCUGCGAAGCAGGCAAAGAUUCUCGAAUACUUCAAAGAGUCCAUGAGCGUCUUCACCCUCAAGGAGCUCGAGAAGCUUCUGCCCGCCGUCGCCUCUAUCAAUCAAAUGCAAGUCAAGGACAACCUUCAAGCUCUUCAGGACGAAUACCUCAUCCGCGUGGAGAAGAUUGGUAGUGGAAAUUGGUACUGGUGCUUCAGUUCAGAGGCGAAGAAGUCGAAAGAGAAUGCCCUCAACACCUUGAAGGCAGAAGAGAGCAAGUUGCAAGCCUCGAUUGCAGACGCGGAAAGAUACAUCGAAGAGGAGAUGGCGAAGCGCGAGGACGAUGAGGAGAUGCUAGAAGGGACUGGCAUGGACAGGAAGGCCCUCCUUGAGACUCACGAGAUGCUUUUGAGAGAAAUGGAUGGCCUGGACAAGGAAUUGGCUCGUUACAGCGACAAUGAUCCAGCUGAAGUUCUACGCAAGGUCGAGGAGACGAAGGCAUUGAAGAGCAGUGCUAUAAGAUGGACGGACAACAUCGAAUCCCUCGAGUCAUUCAUGACCAAUCUCGCCGGCGAUCGAGCUCUGAUAGCCCAAAUGAUGCAGAGCGCAUGUGGAGACGAAUACGUCCCCGGAGAGGGUUUGAAGGAUCUUUGAUUUGCAGCCAUGUCAUAUACAUACAUUGAGCAUGACUGGGAGCAUGAGACACUGAGUGCGGAUUUGCAGCAGCUAUGUUCUGGCCUAUUAUUUCUUUUAUUCUCUUGCUUCGAACCGAGGCGUUGAGCUGAUGUAUUUAUUGCUAUCAUCACACAUUCUAGGCAAAGGA